UAAUCAUUUCCCGUCGUCACUGAAAGAGUAUGUACCUGAAUUUCAUGGAUAGCUAUCGAUUGUAGCAGUCUAAGUUACCAUAUCCUCGUUAUCUAAGUCUUCCAUCCAGAAAAAGAAAUAUUUAUUUUUUUCCCAAAAACUUUAGCGCAGUGUCAUCCUAGUGGAGCCAAAGUCUGCUGUCUGAGCCGAAAGUUAUAACAAAACGAAUAAGACGUUUUCGUGGGCAGUAACAUUUUUCUGUGCUUUUGUUUGCUAUUUAGCGCGUGUGUUCUAGAAAAAGACGCGAAAGCUGCACUAUCAGCUUGUAUUGUGUGACGAUAAAGAAGCAGUCGGUGGGAUAGCGACUGUAGCUGGACCUCGUGGCCGAUAAAGCACGUUAAAGCAACAGACGCAGAAUUGCUGGGGUGCAGCAGGACGGUGCUGUCACAACGGGAAUGGAAACGAGACACGUAGCGCAAAGAGGGGACGCUGGGAAUGUCAAAUUUAAGGCGGUGAAUACUCAGCGUCUCGCGAAGGGAAGGGAUGAAAAAAUAGGAAGAGAACCUGCCACUUGGUGCCCCUGCUCCUGUGCCGGCCGGAGGUAACGCCCAUGAAUGCUGUGGCUCCGUACCGUCGGGCGGCAUUGUGACAUCACCUAUUCUUCUGAAGUCACCAUGUAGAGCUCUUGAAAAAACUGAGACCACAGCAUGAUUUUAUGUUUCACUCAUUUCUUAAUGUAUGUGUGCGCAUUUAUGAAUAAUAUAUAUUUUUCUGCAAACUGCAGCCUGGUUCUUCUCUCUUUCUCAUUAAUGAAGGGUUUCUUCCUUGCUUUACAGAAUUCCAGUCCUGCUUCUCAGAGCCUGAUACGAACUGUCCUAGCAGUGCACUUCACACCUGCACUUAAUAUUUCCUAUUACAUCUGUAGAGGUGGUGGGCCCAAGCAGAGGAGGCAGGACUAAGACAUCCGGUUGGUUGGUCUCUAAUUGCUUAGGCCCACCUCCUCUCCAAUCUGCUUGGUUAUAUCCCUGAACCAAUCAUUUUUACACCUGCCCUCAGAACAUUUUUCUGUAAGUAAAACUCCCAUGAAUGAGCAUUUAUACCCUUCAUGAAAUGAGCAAAAAAUAAUUGUCCAUUAACAGUGUCGGACUCCAGACAGAGGCAACCAGGUUUUGGGUGAAAAUAUCCUGGUACUUAAUGGAAUUCAAAAUGCCAUUGAUCUUUAACAAGAGCUUGUUAAUGGCUUAACAAGAGUGGAUCACAAAGGAGCCGCAGAGCAGACACCCAGUGUAUUCUUCCUCCCGUGACUCUUGGUAAGGUUCAGGCAUUGGCUUCUUCUCUGGAAGGCUUUCUUUCAUACUGCCAUUCCAAAUAGCUAGUUGACAUGGAGUGGACUGUAAAACAGUCUAUAAAUUGAAUACAUCUGGUAUGCUAAAGGUCACCUUAGGCUUUUAAAAUAUUGCUUAUAGCCCUUGCAAAGGGAUGUUUAUCACUGGCAGCUGAGACAAAGUUGCCCGGGUAUGAAGCUGUUGGUGGGUUUAACAUAUGGUUAGGCUCAGGCGCAGGAGAAUAUCCCAUAAAAUGCAAAUUUAACAAGUUUAAAACGACUUUUUCAUUUUAAAUAGAUGUUUAGCGCAAACAUCUGGAGUGCUGACUAAACUCAAACAUACAGUAAUACCAUGUGUCAAGAAGUCAACAAUCAUAGCUCUUUGUGUUAUGCAGCGUAAUCCUAUAAUAUUCACAUCAUCUACAAUAUACACCAUAAAAUAUAUGAGGGAGGCUACACUGAUUAGCCACAAAGUUACAACCACCUGCCAAAGUAUGGUGUAGCUGCCCCUUCACCAUCAAAACAGCUCUGGGCCAUUGAGGCAUGGACUCCACAAGACCUCUGAAGGUGUCCUGUGGCAUCUGCCACCAAGAUGUUGGCAGCAGGUCCUUUAAGUCCUUUAAGUAGCGAGGUGGGGCCUCCAUGGACUGGACUUGAUGCUCAAUUAGAUUGAGAUUUGGUGAAUUUGGAGGCCAAGUCAAUACCUUGAACUCUUUUUCAUGUUCCUUAAGCCAUUCCUGAACUCUUUGCACUGUGGCAGGGCGCGUUAUCCUGCUGAGAGAAGCCAUAGCGGAAUACGAUGCCACAAAGGGGGGUUCCUGAUCUUCAACAGUGUUUAUGGUGUGGUACGUGUCAAAGUAACAUCCAUAUGAAUGCCAGAACCCAGGUUGCCCAGCAGAACAUUGCCCAGAGCAUCACACUGCCUCCGCUGGCUUACCUUCUUCUCAUAGUGCAUCCUGGUUCCAUCUCUUCGCCUGGUAAAUGAUGCACACGCACCCAGCCGUCCACGUGAUGUAACAGAAAACGUGGCUCAUCAGACCAGGCCACUUGCUCCAUGGUCCAGUUCUGAUGCUCACAUGCCUAUAGUAGGUGCUUUUGGCAGUAGACAGGAAGCAGUAGGGGCACUCUGAUUGGUCUGCAGCUAUGCAGCCCCUACACGCACCAAGAUAUGACGCACUGUGUGUUCUGACACCUUUCUAUCAUAACCAGCAUUAACCUUUUCUCCAAUUUAUGCUACAGUAGCUCUCCUGUGCAAUCGGCCCAGACUGGCUAACCUAUCCUCCCCUUCCAAGGCAUCAAUCAGCCUUGGGCAUCCAUGACCCCAUCACUGGUUGGCCUUCUUUGGACCAUUUUUGGUAGGUACUGACCAUUGCAUACCUGGAACACCCCACAAGAUCUUCAGGUUUGGAGAUGCACUGACAAAGCCUUCUAGCCUUUGCAAUUUGACCCUUGUCAGAGUUACUCAGAUCCUCAGGGUAAUGAUUUAGAGUGCAAAUUUUUGAGCUAAGUUGCCAAGCAACGCUGCUCAGAAAUGCUGUUUGAGCAUUUGCCCUUAAUAUUAGGCAACAUUUUUCUGCUUGAAAACCUUCUGAUUGGCUGUAGGCUAAUUUUUGCAACCAUCCAGAUCUAAAGAAGUCCUUUGUCUCCCCUGAAUGGCAGUUGCCUGGCAACAUUGCUCAGGACAUGGUCCUGUGCAUUAUCACCUUUACUUUUGCUCAUUUUUCCUGCUUCCAACACAUCAACUUCAAGAAGUGACUGUUCACUUGCCUAGUAUGUAACGGCGCCCUUGACAGCGGCCACUGUAACGAGAUAAUCAAUGUCAUUCACUACACCUGUCAGUGGUUUUAAUGUUAUGGCGGAUCGGUGCAUAUUCUUAAUAUAAUCAGGGCAGUAGGCUUUCGGUAACCGUACAUAAGCGAAAUGAGAGAUAUUUACGACACACGGAGGACGGCGAACCUCCAUCUGUUUUUCUUUAUUCAUAAGCUUUUUUACCACGACAAGUGAAUAUUUUAGUAGUUUAUUACAGUCUAGUAUUGACAGGAAAUAUUUACAUUGCUGCCAAUGGAAAUUCCGUGUUUAAUUGAUACAAGUAUUACUUAGUGCAGGGGUGUCCAACUUCAGUCCUGGGGGGUCCUUGUGCUAAUUACUACCUUGUUCAGGUCCUUGUGCUAAUUACCACACAGCUCUUAAGCUGAAUCAUUUAUGGUGGAACAGAGACAGAACUAAGCUAUACAGGGCUACAAUGGGCACCCCUGACUUAGUGCAUCCCCAUUGUAGGGUGGUGCUUAAUAAUUGCCAGUUUCAGAAACAUCUUCCGGUGGGAGGGGAGGGGAGGGGACAGGAGGGGAGGGCAGCGCUCGGGUCACCCUAACCCUUAGUUAAUAACGGAGGCAGAAAAAAACUUUUUUCGGACUCGUCAAGCUGUUUUCCAAACUCAUCUACAGUCAUUUUAGCACGAUACGUGGACAUACUAAUUUUCAGGAGUGUGAAUUCCCAGCGUUCGAAACAGCGGAAUGGUAGCAUUUGAAGAGGUCACCAAGCCCCGAGGUGGCACCGUAGAGGAGAGGGGCGAGAAUCCGAACAAGAGCUUUCGAGUCUUUAUCCGACUGUGUCCCGAAGAGCAGCGGGACCCCCCGUCAGAUGAAGCAAGGGGCUUUAUAAAGGUGAAGAGACCCAAUCAGGUGGUUGUUGAUACAGGAAGGGGCCACCCAUCCCAGACUCUGGAGUUUAACGCCGUUUGGGACGAGACGGCCACCCAGAAGGAGGUCUACGAAUCAGCGGCCAAGCCCCUGGUGGAGUCUCUGCUGCAGGGCCACAACGGCUGCGUUAUCACCUACAGCUCACCGGCCAGCGGGAGGUCGUCACACAGCCUGCUGGGAGAUGGCGGCAUCGCCGGCGCCCAGCGGGGCAUCGUCAGCAGGGCCGCUGAGGACAUUUUCAGCUCCCCGGAAGCCCUGAACUGCAAGAUCAGAGUUUCCUUCAUUCAGGUUUCCAAUGAGAAGAUAUACGAUCUUCUGGAGAGCCAGUCUGCGGAAGUGUGCCGCAUCCGUGAGGGAGGGGGCGCCGUGCUGCUGGAGGGGCUGACGGAGGUGGAGGUGGGGUCUCCCCAGGGGGUGCUGCAGCUGUACCGGCGUGGGGCUGGAAACCGUCAGUCAGGUGCUUCCAGGGGUGAAUUUGCCGGCAAAAGCCACAUAAUUUUUAACAUCACCAUAGCCAUGCAAAUGCCCAAGGCUACGAGCGGUCAGGAGGGACUGUUGACUACUUGCAAGCUAACACUGGUGGACCUCACCAGCUCAGCCAAGGUGCCCGCACGCUGUGGUCCCGUUCCAGAUGUGAGGAGAGGUUUGCAGGCGACUCCGGAAAACGCCCAGGAAGUCAAGAUGCUCAAACGCUCCCUCACAAUAUUUGGAAACGUGAUUUUCGCCCUCAGCACUGCGGGCCGUGAGCAUGUGCCGUACAGAGAGUCCAAGCUCACCAGGAUUUUGAGAGACUGUUUAGGGGGAGAUUGCCGGACGUCCCUGAUUGUGACAGUGUCCCCCAACCCGACGUGUGUCUCCGAGGCGCUGAGCAGCCUGCAGUUUGCCCGCCGUGCCAUGGCUGUCCCCAAGCGCCAGCGUCGCUGCUCCCCCCUGCAGGUGCGCGGUACAAAGGCGGCAGAGAAGCCCAAGUCCGGCCACUGCAGGCGGGCGACACAGCGGGCCGCCUUGACAGGCAAGAGGGUUCAUCCCCAGACUUGCCUGCCCCCCAUCCAGCACAUGCUAGUGCCACCCUCUGGGAAUGGGUGGAAGCGAUGCGACGAACCAGAUCACAAAGUUGUGCUGCCCCAGCUAGACGUGGGAGGAACACAGGCCAUGAGAUCGGCGAAGGCAGCGAGGCCAGGCGAGGAGAGGGGAGGUGUAGCCAGCCUGAGCAGGCGGCCAAGCGAGGAGAAAGGGGGCGAAGCCAGCCUGAGCAGGCGGCCAGGCGAGGGGAAAGGGGGUGGAGCCAGCCUGAGCAGGCGGCCAGGCGAGGGGAAAGGGGGCGGAGCCAGCCUGAGCAGGCGGCCAGGUGAGGAGAAAGGGGGCGGAGCAAGCCUGAGCAGGCAGCCAGGCGAGGAGAAAGGGGGCGGAGCAAGCCUGAGCAGGCAGCCAGGCGAGGAGAAAGGGGGCGGAGCAAGCCUGAGCAGGCAGCCAGGCGAGGAGAAAGGGGGCGGAGCAAGCCUGAGCAGGCAGCCAGGCGAGGAGAAAGGGGGCGGAGCAAGCCUGAGCAGGCAGCCAGGCGAGGAGAAAGGGGGCGGAGCAAGCCUGAGCAGGCAGCCAGGCGAGGAGAAAGGGGGCGGAGCAAGCCUGAGCAGGCAGCCAGGCGAGGAGAAAGGGGGCGGAGCAAGCCUGAGCAGGCAGCCAGGCGAGGAGAAAGGGGGCGGAGCAAGCCUGAGCAGGCAGCCAGGCGAGGAGAAAGGGGGCGGAGCAAGCCUGAGCAGGCAGCCAGGCGAGGAGAAAGGGGGCGGAGCAAGCCUGAGCAGGCAGCCAGGCGAGGAGAAAGGGGGCGGAGCAAGCCUGAGCAGGCAGCCAGGCGAGGAGAAAGGGGGCGGAGCAAGCCUGAGCAGGCAGCCAGGCGAGGAGAAAGGGGGCGGAGCAAGCCUGAGCAGGCAGCCAGGCGAGGAGAAAGGGGGCGGAGCAAGCCUGAGCACGGCCCCACGCUCCCUGUCUCUCUCGAGCAUGGUGGUGGGUAUCCAAGCAGCGGAGCCUAGCGAUUGGGAGAGGAAGGCCAGACCUGAGGCUCUCCACUCCCCCCGCGUCUCCUCAGACUGCCUCCCACCUCCGCCUGCCCCCUCUGCCACAGCCGCCACCCCUCCCCUGUCCACGGACUGCCCCAGCUGUAACCGGGAGAGGAAGAUACGGCAGGAAUACGACAGAUACAUCGUCCAGGCCCGCCGGGACAGGGAUGCCCUAAGCCAACGUGUGCAAGAACUGGAGGCCAGGCUUCAGAGGAGGGAGAAGGCAGAACCUCCGUGCUCCUCAGGAUCACCGGGAGCUUGGGGUGCAGCAGGAACCCAAACCGGGGAGGCGGCAAACAUCAGUGAGCAGGGGUUGUUCAGCAGUGGAGGAUUCGCGCUUUCGCUGCGGUAUGACAUCGCGAGCCAGGGGGGGGCACUACAGGGGGCUGACUGUCCAGCGGGCAGCAAGGGCAGCGGCGGCCAGGCAGAGGAGGACAGAGAGAACGAACGCCUCCCAAUCCUGCAGGGGGAGCCAGAGGCACUGCAGGACCAGUGGGGGGAAUACAGUGGGAGGGAGGAGGAGCUGGCUCGCCAACUGCAGGAAGAGACGGACCCGGCGGUGCUGGAAGCCCAGGAUCUCCGCGCCUUGUUGGAGAAGGACCAGCUGCAACUCCAUAGCCUGGAACGCCAGAAGGAGAACCUAUCCCUGGAGCUGGAAGAUGUCAGAGUGAAGUAUGCGAUAUUCCAAGAGGAGGCUGCAUUGGUCAUGGCUGACCUGCAGAGGGAGAAGGACGACUUACUGUCACAAAUAGAAGAAAGAGGAAAGAGUUACGAGAAGGUGGCGAUGGAGAACAUGGACCUAAAGGUGAAGAUGGAUGCUCUCCUAGGCAAGGUGGGCCCAGGUGGCCCCCCAGACCCCCGCAGCCCCCACAGGCUGACCACUAGCACCGAGUUGGUGGUUCUCUCACACCAUGUAUCUCAUUGCUACUCAAAGACCCAGUACCCAGAUUACUGCAUCCAAAGCGCAGCCGGAAUCGCAGACGAAAACACGGUAACGAGCGAUUCUGAUGGCAACCCGCUGGCCACAAAGGAGAUCUUCAGGCAGCUACGCCGGGAGCACAGCCUCCUCCGGGACGUGAUGCUCAUCCUGUACCGGCGCCGCUGGUUUGUGGACGACGCCGUGCCGUAUGUUCGCAGGACCCUGAGAAAGUGUGGGGCCAAACUUGGCCCCCCGGACUGAUACAGAACCAAAAAGAGGGAAACGGAGAGAAGAGCUGAAUCUUACGUCUGUCUUGACAGAUCCUGGGAAGCAUUUCUGAUUUACAAAGGAAUGUUAAUUAUGGAUCAGUAAUCCAGUUUUUAUUGCUCCAUUAAACUUUGUCAUUAACAUUCAUGGUGUACAAUGUGCCGGAUAUGACCAAUUCGAACAGUUGUCUAAAAUAGACCUGUGUGCUGUUUUAAUUUACUUGAACACCCAAUAUUUUCCCUUGUGUAUUUCCCAGCAUUCCUUGGGGGACAGAAAGCGGGUGGGUCUCGUAAGAUGGUCUCCCAGCAGCACAGCACCUUCAACACCACAAAACCUGCUGGUACCUAUUAAUGCUGCAUGCUGCAGAAUAAGCUUGUACAGUCAUACAUGCUAAUCAAUUUCCCCCCCCCACUGUACUCAUCCAGCUGGAUAUUUUCCCCCCUGGACACUGAAGAGCCUGCAGCACCCUGUCCUUCCUACUCUCUUAGUUACACCUUCCUGUUAUUUUAAUAGGGCAAUUAAAUCAGGGGAACAGACAGAGAGAAGAACGGGGCCCUGUGAUCUUAAAUUUAAACUCUGGUACCUAAAAUCCGAGUUACUCCAAUAACCCAGUGAUCACGCUUCGUAGUUCAGGUCACAGGUAGCUAUGGAGCUGGGGAAAAUGGUCACGCAGUUCAGGCUAAGUGCCUUAUUAGAAUCAGCCACUAGGUGUCACUCUUAUCCUUGACUUCCAUGGGCAAAGUCAUUCAUGAUGUUUACCUACUGUAUAUAGUUACCUGUUUUGCCUCCAGUGUGACAGGGUUCAUAAUAUUGUACCUGCUCCAUUCCAAGACAAAAUGAUCCAAAUAUUUACAUUGUACAGCGGGAUGCUUUAUGCAUGUAAAAUGACCCGGCCGCUGACUUAUGGAUGAAUGUAUUGGUGCAGGAUUAUAUUUCCAUGGGGCAGGUUGAAUUUACUGCUGUAUUAUAGCUCACUGGGGUAAACCUUUCAUAGCUGAGGUGAGCUUUUGUGACCGAGCCCCAGGCCAUGCAAGCAUGAUCCGGAGAAGAAUGUCCAGUCUGACGUUUGUGUAUCUUUCGUGGCACCGGUCCGCCAAACGUAAGAUUAUUGUGUGAUGUGAAAUCGUAACCAUUUCCAAAUGCAGUCGUCACACUGCAAGCCCGAAAUCACAAUUCCUCUGCCGUUUGGCCAAACGAUGGUGCAAAGGGGGAGAGGAAGCCAGUCCUGCAGAUGUCUGACUGUUAAGUGAUUCACUGGGAUCCUGGACUCUUUCUCCUUCUCUCUGUCCUCCGUGAAGACGAUCAUCCUCCCCCUCCACUCCACCACAUUCUAACCUGUCGCUGUCAUCAGGAUUCCCAUAUAUGGCUACAUCGGAGAUGGGGGGGGGGGGCAAGGGAAAUUAACAAGACCGGCAUUCACAUAUUAAAAGGCCCAAAUAAUGCAGGAUGAAAAUGAACUUCUCAGAAUGUUAGUGUGUGAAAAUUAAUGCUGAAACAUUAGACAAGGAAUACAAACGGCAGGAGCGCUAACAGGCAAAAUAAAAGCCGGCACACAGUAUGUAUCUCUUGUUUCAACAUGUUCAUUUUUAGGCAAAUACGCUUUUCAAAUGAGCCCUCAAGAGAUCCGUGCAAAAGGGAUCCUAGGUCUCCUUCAGUUUGAAGUAUGGGUGUGGCUCUGUGACUUAGGACUCGGAAGGUUGUUGGGUCAAGUCCUAUUCCUGGCAGAGUAACCGUGUCAUUGCUGGGCCCUUGGGCAAAGCCCUUAAGCCCGAAGACUGCCCCAGGGGUGCUGGAAAAAUGACUGACCCUGCGGUCUGGCCCCAAACUUCACUUUCUCAGUGUCAAUCCCA